GCUUUAAAUUCCCAUAAUCACCUCCCUUCGUAUCCACUCCAAACUCCACCUACCUUUAAUGUUAGAGAGACAAUGGCUAAAACCCUAAUGCUCAUCAACCUCGUAACCAUUCUUUUCCUCCUAAUAUUCCCACUACUCGCCGUAUCGUUGGAAGACGAGGAAAUCGAAGGCGAAUACUACGUUCUCGAUUCCGUUCCUGCCAAUCAUAGCGCGAGAAGAAGCAGCAGAUAUUUGAUCACAUCGGUCAUCAAGAAGAUCAAGAAAGGCACGAGCUGCGAUGCGAAGACGAACCCUAACGUGUGCAACGGGGUAUCGGCUAAUAACGGCACCAGCCUUCUCUACUGCUGCAAGAAGCACUGCCGGAACGUGCUCGGUGACCGCAACAACUGCGGGGCGUGCGGCUAUAAGUGCCGGUUUGGGGAGCGCUGCUGCGGCGGGGUUUGCACUAAUGUUUUGGCAAACCGGACCAACUGCGGGAAAUGCAGUAAGAAGUGCCCUCGUGGGGUCAAGUGUGACUAUGGUUACUGUGGCUAUGCAUGAUGACAAAGAUUCAUUCAUGAAAUUGAAAACCCAGUUUUGGGAGAGAGAGAGGAUUCGGCUGCGAAAAAUUAAUUUAUGAUCAUUAAAUUAAAGAGAGUUUAUUUUUUGGAGAGUGGUUGUCGUUUGUAAAGAAAGGUAAGACCUUUUACAUGUAAUAAAAUUAUAGUAUACACUAUAUAUUGGGUUUGUGCUUGGGACUGAUUUAACGACAUCAUUAUUCUCUUA